AUGGUGUCCCACCACCCCGACAUAAAAACCUCCGCCGCGGACUUCUGCUCCGCCUUCAAAUCCUCCUGCGAAUCCCUCACCACCACCCUUGAUCUCACCCCCACGCCCGAGCAGCGCCAAUCAGCCCUCGAGCAAAUCAGCGAAUUAAGCAAACGAUUAACAGCAGCGACGGUGUUCCUGCCCGCGUAUGAUCAGCGGCAGUGCGCGGCGCUGUUGAAGGGCGUGCAGGCCAAAGCGGCGAGUGGGACGGCGCCAAGGGCGAAAUUUACCUUCGGGGCGCGGAAGGGGAGGGUGGGUGGGGGCGUGGGGGUGAAUACGGCGGGUGCUGUGGAUGGGGCCGCGGCACAAACGGCGUCACGGGCGGGAAGCUCCGUAGUUGAGACGACAUCCCCGAAAGACCCUGUAGCGUCGGCACCGGGACAUGAGACGGAUGUCACAUCCCUCAAGUCUCUCGCCAUCACCGGCAAGCAGGCCGAGUACAUCCGGCCCGCCACUUCAACACAGGACGAUGCAAAAGACUAUAAACUCAGCAACCUCACCCACUGCGUCGUCUCGAUCCUCGGCACCCCGAUCGCGGCGCUGCACGCCACCCAUCUCCAGCACUGUCUCGUGAUAACAGGUCCCAUCAGCGGAUCGCUGUUUAUUCAGGACUGCGUGGGGUGUGUGUUUGUUGUUGCGUGUCGGCAGUUCCGAAUGCACGCAACAACACGGACAGAUAUCUACCUCCAUAUCAACUCACACCCGAUCAUCGAAGACUGCUCUGGGCUGCGGUUCGCCACGUAUCCCACCACCUUCGUCACCUCCCUCCCCUCCAACACCACCAAUCCUACCGUACCGCUAUCAAAACUCUACGCUCUCGCGCAGAUCUCACCAGACCCCGCAACGAAUCAAUAUCGGGAGGUGGAGGAUUUCAAAUGGCUGAAACGGGGCCAUAGCCCGAAUUGGCGAUUGAUGGCCGAUGGGGAGGGGAUCAAGGAUGGCGUGGAGUGGGAGGCGUUGUUGACGCAUCCGGGUGGGGCGCUGGAUGUAGACGACGGCGUAUUGGGGAAGUGGCUUCCUGCUCCCUCCAGUUGA